AUGUCAAUGAACUACUUAGGUAAUGCUGAGAAUAUUAUUUCAGCAGAUAUGCAAGAAACUAUGAAGAGACUAGUUAAAAUAGAAAAAUUAGCAGAGGAAAUAAUGAAUCUAAAAUAGGAAAUGAUUGAAUAUGACAGGAAGAGAAAUCAUAAUAGAGAAUGUCUGGGAGCUUUUAGAAGAGGUGAAAUUAAACAAUAAAGUAGCAAGCUGUGGAUUAGCUAUGGAGAUAAUAUGAUAAGACUCCCAAGAAAAAAUCUACUAGCAAUAGUUGAGGGAGAUUAAGUCAAACUUAAUAAAUUAAUUGAUGGCAAUAGAGUGGAGAUAAAGAAAAAAAUCAAGGAACUUAUUGAACUUAGUCCAAAUAUUACAGAGAUGGACCCCUAUGUUGUCAAGCUUGUUCUCAAGCAAGACAAGUUGAUAAAUAAAUAAAAACUAGGGGUUAUUCAGUCAGAGAGUGAUGAGGAAGAUUCUGAUGGAAUAAAAUGA